AUGAUACCAGAAAAGCCCCUCCCCUGCUCCGACGAGUUCCCCUCGCCAGAGGCCUACGUCUCGGCCCUCCUCAAAUUCGUCACCGAGACGGACCUCUUCCAGAUCCUCUGCGGCGGCGUCCACGUCCUCGACUUCUUCACAAACACCCCGGGCCUCUUCCACCAGGUCCUGCCCUCAGAAUGGCAGCCCUUCCUCCUCUCCAUCGACACCACGCGCCUGCUCGACCUCCUCAUGAGGGACGACCUGAACGACCUCCCCGCCAUGGACCCGCCGCCGCCCGAGAGCUUCCUCAAGUACGUCCGCGACAUUCGCCGCUUCUCCCUGGCCAGGUCCUUCGACCCCGCGCGCUCCUCGGAAGAGGCCAAACCCCCGCCGAAGCUCUCGCGCUCCGUGGCCGUCGGCAUGAAGCCCAAGAAGGCGCACGAGGUCGCCCACUUCGCGCGCUACGUCGAUUCGCUCGCCGGCGCCGUCUCGGAGCGCUGGGGAAAGGAGACGACGCACUUUGUCGACUUCGGCAGCGGGCAGAACUACCUCGGCCGCACGCUCGCCCUGCCGCCGUACAACCGGCACGUCGUCGCCGUCGAGGGCCGCGAGCACAACAUCGACGGCGCGAAGGGCCUCGAUGUGCUGUCCGGGCUGGCGAGCAAGGAGGUCGUCAUGCGGAACAAGAAGCUGUGGGCCCAGAUGCAGGCGGACAAGUUCGGGCCCGAGAACGCCAGGAGGAAGACGACGGCGGCGACAGACGCGGCACCCGAGGACUUCGAUUUCCGGCCUAUCAAGGAGCUUGCGCCGCAGUACAACCGCGCGAUCGGCAAGGGCUCCGUGUCUUAUGUGGUCGGCAGGCUGGAGAGCGGAGAUCUGACGGAGGUCAUCGGGCGCAUCGAGAAGGAGGUGCUGCCCGAGGAAGAGGGCAAGGAGCUGAGGAUGAUGGCGGUGUCGAUCCACUCGUGCGGGAACCUCUCGCACUACGGCAUCCGCUCGCUCAUCAUGAACCCGGCGAUCCACUCGGUGGCCAUCGUCGGGUGCUGCUACAACCUCUUGACGGAGAAGCUGGGCCCGCCGACUUAUAAGUACACGUACGCCCGCCCGAGUCUGCAGGCCCUCAACGGACGAGUGGUCCGUGAAUCCUCGCGCUUCGACCCAGAGGGCUUCCCCCUGAGCGAGAAGCUAUCAACCUACGAGGGCGGGAUCAGGAUGAACAUCACGGCGCGGAUGAUGGCGUGCCAGGCGCCGCAGAACUGGACGCAGUCCGAGAGCGACGACUUCUUCACGCGCCACCUUUACCGCGCCAUUCUCCAAAAGAUCUUCCUCGACAAGGGCGUCAUCUCCAAGGUCUACCACCGCAACCCGGACGCCGGCACUGGCGAUGCCCCCGAGGAGACGCCCUUCAACAUGAGCACGAACCCGGUCAUCAUCGGCUCCCUCCGCAAGGGCUGCUACCGCUCCCUCGGAGACUACAUCCGCGGGGCCGUCACGAAGCUGACGACGAACCGCGAGUACGGGCAGUACAGCGCCAUCAUCAGGGACAAGAUGACCGACAUGCCCGACGACGAGAUCAGGCGCUACGAGGACGAGUACCUCUCCCGCAAGAAGGAGGUCGCCGCCGUGUGGAGCCUGAUGGCCUUCAGCGCGUGCGUGGUCGAGUCGCUCAUCGUCACGGACCGCUGGCUGUUCCUGAAGGAGCACGCGGACGUUGUCCGGGACGCCUGGGUCGAGACGGUGUUCGACUACGGACUGAGCCCGAGGAAUAUGGUGGUCGUGGGCAUCAAGAAAUAG